AACCUCACAGUCCUGCUACGGUGUGCAGCUGUAUAACGGUCCUCUCUCCUUGUAUUCUCUCCUGACCAGCAGUCAGCCAUCAUGUAUCAGAAAGUUACUCGGCAAAGCCGCAGCUAUGUAUCAAGUGCUGCUCCAAAGGCUUACAGUGUGUCAGGACUCAGCUUCACUGGAGGCCCUCGCAUCUCCUCUUCCACUGUGCGCAAUGUCUCCUCUGGGUUUGGAGGUGGCAUGGGGGUUGGUGGCGGCAUGGGGUAUGGUGGUGGUGGCUUUGACCUGUCCAGUGCCCUGGACCAGAGUAGUACACACUUCAACGAGAAGGCCACCAUGCAGAACCUGAAUGACCGUCUGGCCAGCUAUCUGGACAAGGUUCGCAGUCUGGAGGCGGCUAACACCAAGCUGGAGAAACAAAUCAGAGAGUACUACGAGCAGAAGGGCCCUGCAGCAGAGAGGGACUACAGCAAAUACUGGGCCAUCAUCAAUGACCUGAAGGACAAGAUCAUGGCUGCUACUGUCGGCAAUGCCAACAUCCUGCUCCAGAUUGACAACUCCAAACUGGCUGCUGAUGACUUCAAAACCAAACUCGACCAUGAGCAGAUGAUGCGCCAGUCAGUUGAGGCUGACAUCGCUAACCUGCGCCGCCUGCUUGACCAGACCACCCUGAACAAGUCUGACCUGGAAAUGCAGAUCGAGGGCCUGCAGGACGAGCUGGCCUACCUCAAGAAAAAUCACGCAGAGGAGCUGGCAGCACUGCGCUCUCAGCUUACUGGCACAGUCAAUGUGGAAGUUGAUGCUGCACCCCAGCAGGACCUCAACAAAAUCCUGGAGGAGGUCCGUGCCCAGUAUGAAUCCAUCAAUGACAAAAAUCGUCGCGCGCAGGAGGCCUGGUUUAAUGAAAAGUCGGAAACACUGUCCAAGGAGGUGGCCAUGAGCACAGAAGUAAUCCAGACAUCCAAGACAGAGCUCACUGACCUGCGGCGCACUUUGCAGGGCCUGGAGAUCGAGCUACAAUCUCAACUCAGCAUGAAAGGGGCUCUGGAGAACACGUUAGCAGAUACAGAGGGUCGUUACAGCGCCAUGCUCGCUGGCUUCCAGAACACAAUCAACAUGCUUGAAGCAGAGCUAGGCAACGUGCGUUGCAGCAUCGAGCAGCAGGGCCAAGAGUACAAAAUGCUGCUGGACAUCAAGACCAGGUUGGAGCAGGAGAUUGCAAUCUACAGGGGCUUGCUGGAAAAGGAGGAGUCCAGACCUAUUGCUACAGGGGGCACAAAGACCACAGUCACAUCCACCACUGUGCGCACUUCCAGCUAGAAGGUACAACCGGCAGGACAAGCUGUUCUCAGACACACACACACACACACACACACACACACACACACACACAGAUACACAUUCUGCCUAUUACAAGCUGUUGCACGAGAUGACUGAGUUAAACUAUACUGAAAAAAGUGAAGCCUGUGUUCAAGUUUACAUAUGAAACAUUUGCAAUUUAGAAGAAGAAACGUCUGACAUCCUGUUUGUUUGUGUGUGUGUGACCUGUCUGAAAAAUAAAUCUGCUGGUGAAUAUAAAA